CAGUAAUUUAUUUCUAACUGAACAUUUUAAAGCAAAUAUUCGAGCAAAGGGAGCAGGGUUUUCCGCCUGCUUGUAUGAAACACGAUGAAAAACACUAUAGUAAUAGUAGCUACAGAAUUGUUGAUUCUGAUAUCAGUUUUUAGACAAGUCGUUUCGAAAAAUAAUAAAGUUACAGAAUAUGUGUCUGAAGAAGAGCCUAAAGGUACCAUCGUUGCAAACAUGGCUAAAAUAUUGAGCUUAAGAUACGAUGAACGAGCUGGAAGAUCUUUCAAACUUCUCAGUCAAAACCUAAUCACGAAAAGUCCGUCAAGUACUUUGAAAGGGGUGGAACUGAUCACCUUAAAUGAGGAAACAGGUGUAAUGACGCUGGCGGAAAAAAUUGACAGAGAAAAAAUUUGCAGAAAAGCUGAAGAAUGCAUCAUUCAAAUUCAGGCCGUGAUGCUUCCUCAGAAACAUUUUAGUAUGUUGAAUUUGGACAUUAAAAUUGGAGACAUAAACGACAAUCCGCCAAAGUUUUUUGCAAGGAAAAUAAAUAUUACUCUCCCCGAAGCUGAGACUUUUAUAAACGACGUUAUAAACUUGGACAAAUUUCAAGCACAUGACAAAGAUAUUGGACUCAAUAGUGAAAUCCUUUAUACCUUGACUGGAAAUCCGUAUUUCACAAUUAUACAAUAUGGCGACGAAGCAGGAAACCCGCAUUUGGGGCUAAAAGUUUUAAAAAUGCCUGAUCACGAACUUGAAACAUUGCAUCGAAUGACAUUAUAUGCAGCAGAUCGAGGAGAAGAAUCACUCACUGAUCACGUGCCACUGUUUGUGACAAUCGCGGAUUCUAAUGAUCAUGAUCCAAUAUUUGACCAACAGGAUUAUUCGAUAUACCUCGAGGAAAGUACAAAAGUAUCAAGCUUGAUCACAACUGUUCAUGCUACUGAUCUUGAUAGCGGAGAUUACGGUCGAAUUCGAUAUUUUGUUGUUCCUCCGACGCCUCGCACGAUUGAACAACUCGUCUCUGUCGAUCCUGAAAAUGGGGAAGUUCGGCUGAAGAAGAAGUUGGACAAAGAAAUUCAUGACGGGUUAAGAAUAUUAAUUCAAGCAAAAGAUUCAGAUCCAGUAAAACCAAGAGUAGGUAAAGCAUGGCUUCGAAUUUUCGUCGAAGAUGUCAAUGAUAAUAAUCCAGUAAUAAACGUUAACUUUAUAGUGGAUGCAAAAAAUAAAACAGGUUAUAUUCAAGAAUCAGCUGGAGUUCGAACUUUCAUUGCGUAUGUUGAUGCAACAGACGAAGACGAAGGUUUAAACGGGGAUGUCGGACUAAAGAUAAAGUCAUUCGGGAAAAAGAAACAAGCAAGAAAUUAUAAAGAAGUAACAGGAGAAUUCAUUUUGUCCCAAGAUGGUUUGCUUUCAACUGGUAGACUUCUCGAUAGAGAAACGUAUCAACAAUAUAUCAUCGAAAUUAAUGCAUGCGACAAAGGAUCACCUAGAAGAUGUACUUUCAACAACAUCACCGUAGUUGUUCUCGACGUAAAUGACAAUUCUCCUGUGUUUGAUAUUCCUUCAAAAACCGUCGUUCUUCCGGAAGAUAGUGAAGUAGGGGUGACAGUAACAGGUGUAUCGGCAUUUGACGCAGAUGCUGCCUACCCACCAUCUCUUUGGUUGAGGAAUAAAAAAGUUGAGCCAUCCAUGAAUGGUGUUAUUACUUAUUCAAUCGCUGGAGGUGAUACGAAUUACUUCAAUAUUGGCGAGAGAUCGGGAAAUAUUAAACUUGGGAAAAAAUUGGAUCAUGAAACACAAAGUAUUUGGAAGUUGAUAAUCAACGCUCGUGACGGAGGUUGGCCAAAGUAUCGCGAUGCGAAUUGUACCGUGAUAAUACGUGUUGGUGACAUUAAUGACAAUCGACCGAUUUUCAAGAAUCCUAAAUACAAUAAUUCUAAACAUUACGCAACAAUUCUGAAGGAUCAACCUAUCAUGAUAGUUCAGGCUGAAGAUCGAGACAAUGGGAUCAAUUCUAAAAUUCAGUAUAGAAUUAUAGAAGAAGAUGGAAUAAAAUCUGGAGGCAAACAACCUUUGUCUGGGCUGUUUAUAGUCAAUCCAACAACGGGAACUCUGAGACUUAACUUCAGCAAAUCUAAUUUAACGAAUUUCUUAGGAUGGCAUCACAUCACCAUCAAGGCAAGUGAUUCGGCAUCAUCGCCUUUAUCAGUGGUAACCGCGAUUCAAUUAAAAGUUACGAAUGAAAUUGUACCAAACCCUUUAACACAAGCCGGUAUUGAACCCAAAUUCAUUGCAAUCGUAAUAAUCCUGGCAAUUGCCGCCUUGAUAUUGAUGAUAUUGAUUGUCGUGACUCUACUUCGCCGACGAAAGAAAAAACAGCUGCAAACGUACAAUUGCAAAUCAGCAAAGUCUCGAGCAAGACAUUGGUUGUCAUCUCCGUCACAAAAUAAGACGGGAUCAGAUACGCAAGGAUGUUUAGAGCCUGGAAAUACUCUUGAAUCUGCUUAUUCCGAUGUGGCCUACAACAUGCAACCAUAUGGACAAGGCAAUGAAUCUACAGCUACAAGAAAUUUUGUACCGGAAUCUAAUGAAGUGGCGAGAAAUAAAUUCGCAUCACACGGAAAGGCAAGUAAUUCAUCUUUAAUAUUACCUGUCGUAAGAUCUCUUGAUCUGGACAGUGGGCGAGGAGACAGUGGAUCUGAAAAUGAAAAUAACGAUUUUGAUGCGAACGAAGCAGGUCCUCACGUGCAACCUCAUAAUCAAACAAGAGAAAAUGUUUCUCGCUCAUAUAAUUUUCAUGAUGACGCAGACAGUUCACGUACUAGCGAACUUGGUCCCCGAUGCGAAGAAAGCUGUAGAGAAUACGGACACAGUGAUAGCUGCUGGCUCCCAUCCCCAAACAGAGAUUCAUAUUGCGCUCCAAUUCUUCCAUGUCCUGGCACAUUACGAUACACAGCACCGCCAUCCCAACAUUUAUUUCACUACAAUUGUAUUGACUACCAAGAUACACGAGUUUCAGAAAGUAUAUCAAGAAUACCUGGAGAUAGAUACUCAACAGCACCGACAGAAUAUUUCCAAACACUGCCGGCGAGAAAUGGACAAGCUUCUAACUUGUAUUACCACGGGUACGACGGCGACCUAGAAACAAUAGACGAAGGCGCACCGCUUGGUGUACGUAUAUACGAAGGUAUCGAUACUUAUGACGUUGAUGACGUUAGCAGUCAAACGCAUUUAAAUUUGUCGACAUCGUUGAAUCAUUCGAAUGAUAUAAUAGCGCCGACACAGCCUGCUUCUUCCAGAACCAGUGCUCUUUACUACAUUUCAGGACGCCCAAAAAACUCACCAUAUCGACUUGCACCCGACUGGGAACAGAAGAAGUAUAAAACAAUAUCAAACGUUCAGAGGACACGCCAGUCUAGUAGUUUAUCUGAUCUUCCGCAUCCCAAAUCAGAACUUCGCUACACUCCAACUUUUCGUCCAUUAGCGCCAUCUCCUGGAUCAGAGGUGCGGUCGCAUAUAUCGACUUCUUCAUCUGAAAAUUCUAACAAAGCCCGUGUUACACUGAAUGAUGUGCAAUUUACUCCUAAAGAAGAAUCGUAUGAGAGUAAAAACUUUGAAAGGCGUGGUUCGUGUGAUUCAAGAAUACCAGUAAUUCAACCAUCAUUUAGGAGUAGUCUUGCACAAACUCGCAAUUCCAUUGUAAUUGCAGAUCCUUCCAAUAAAGGGACCGUAUCUAUUCAAGAAGCACAAGAAAUUGUUGAUGACAUUGAUAAGUUAUUAUUAAAUUAAUUUAUAUACUGUGUAAUAUAUUUGUAUCUUCUUCGUAUUGGCCAUACCUCAAUAUGGUUAUAAACUAAAUACAUUCGAUAUCUGGAAUGAUGAAAAUGAAUUGAAGUGAUAAUUUGGAUUUGGAAGAAUCUGCUACAAAAAUCAGAAAAUGAGAAAAGGCAGCCCGCCCCGCCCUCUAACUUAAUAUUAUAUAUAUAAAGAAGUAAGUAGGUCAAUCUUGACAACGUAUUCCAUCGAGAACAAUAAACACGCGAACAGUAUGUAAUACAAAUAUUUGAACGAUGAAUGCAGUCGGGUAUUAGUACAAGAUAUAUUGGGUUUUAUGAGCGCGAUGUUUGAACAAUGUAGUAUUUUACUUUUUGAUAGCAAUGUUUGUAUGUAUGCAAGUGUAUGUAUUCAUGUUCAGUUUAUCGUAUGCAUUAAGUAAAGCGCAGUAUAUAAUAAAUACGAGUAGUAGCUGCCUCGUUUCGAGCUUAAUUCAGAAUUCUGCAAAAUGUCAGACGAAGAAAUACCCAGUAAACGGCGACGCGUUGACGAGAAGGACAUCUCUAGCAAGGUGGACGCUAAAGAGCUAUAUAAAAAAAUACUAUCACAUCGCGCUCUGCCGGUAGACUUGGAUCGCUACGGAUAUCCAAGACCAGAUGAACAACACCCUGGGAAGGCUAAAUUUAGCAAUCUUUCAUCAGUUCAACCAUUUAACGAUUCAAACAAUAAGACAUGCGUAAGAUGCCAAAAAUCAUUUUUACUGACUGAGGCAAUAGGAAACACCUCCGUCGGGAAAUGCUUUUAUCACAAGCGGAGGUCGUAUCAGGGAAGGCCACACGAUUGUUGUGGCAGGCGAAGGGGUUCAAGAGGUUGCCGUACUGCUGAUAACCAUGUACACGAUGAUAACUUGAGAGAUCCUUCAAACUACAUCUCGACCAUCAAAAAAACGGUUCCUGAUGAUGGAAGUCCUGGCAUAUAUUCAAUUGAUGGAGAAAUGUCGUACACUGUCAAAGGCAGAGAACUUACCCAAGUGACGGUUGUUGAUCAUAACGAUGAAGUAAUUUACAACGAAUAUGUGAAAACCAGAAAGCCAAAUUAUUGAUUACAAUAC